AUGGAGGUCGCCACUUGCAGCAUGUUCCUUGCUCACGCUCAUGGCGUUGGCGUCCUACCACCACCACCAGCAGCAGCACGCUCUGUGACGAAACAGAGCUACACCUACACGAGGAGGAAGCGCCUCGCCACCGUGCGAGCCGUCAUGGCGAGACCGCAGGAGGUAGCGGCGGCGCCGGCGCCGGCGCCACCGGCGAGGACGGCAGCGCCACCACCACCAGCGAGGGAGAGAACAGCGCCGCUGCCGCCAGCGCCAGCCACCACCACCACGACGUACCGCGACAACUGGUUCGACAAGCUGGCCAUCGGGUACCUGUCAAGGAACCUUCAAGAAGCUUCUGGGAUGAAGAACGGAAAGGACGGCUAUGAAGGCCUGAUAGAGGCGGCACUGGCCAUCUCCGCGCUGUUCAGGGUUGAUCAGCAGUGGGAGACUGUGGCCAGCGCUCUUGAACGGGCUUUCCCCAGCUACAUCCUCACAAUGAUAAAGGUGAUGAUGCCACCCUCGAGAUUUUCUCGGGAGUACUUUGCCGCCUUCACCACGAUAUUCUUCCCUUGGCUCGUCGGACCAUGUGAGGCCAGGGAAUCUGAAGUUGAUGGAAGGAAAGAGAAGAAUGUGGUCUACAUACCCAAAUGCAGAUUUCUGGAAAGCACAAACUGUGUCGGAAUGUGCACGAACCUUUGCAAAAUCCCAUGCCAGAAGUUCAUCCAAGAUUCACUUGGCACGGCUGUCUACAUGUCUCCCAAUUUUGAGGACAUGAGCUGUGAGAUGAUCUUUGGACAGCAACCUCCUGAAGAUGAUCCAGCACUGAAGCAGCCCUGCUUCCGGACAAAAUGCAUCGCAAAGCAGAACCGUCAAGUGAAUUGCUCUAUUUGA